AUGAUCUAAGAAAAAUGCUGCAAAACGAAAUAUUAGUUGGAGAAGGUUAAAUAUUUUAAAUAAACAAUAAAAAUAGUGAAAUCCAUUCUUGAGAAUUAAAAAUUGUAAGUAUUCUAAUAAAAAUUUGAUUAGUAAACAAUUGAUCAUCUAAUAGAAAUAUGAAAUAAGAAAAAAACAAAUGCGAUAAUCAAAAACAAAGGGAACAAAAUACUUAUAUAAUAUGAUGAUUUAUGUAAAAUUAAAAAAAUUAAAAAAAAACAGUUUCUAAAAUUCACUAAAUAUAAGUAACUUAAACAUAUAAGAAAUGAAAGAUAAGAAUUAUUUGACAGAAAAAGAAAAAAGUAUUGAUCAUGUUCUUAAUAUAUAUAAAAAAAAUGGUAGAAGUGAUUUCAUAAUAAACAUAGAUAAAAUAAAUUUCAACAGAUUUUAAUAAGCUUCAUAAGAUUGUUAUUAUUAAGCUGCAUUUGUCGAUAAAGGUAAAAGGAAUUGUAUUAUAAACAUAGCUAAGAAGUUUAAUAGUAAAAACAGUUUUAAAGAAGCUUUAUAAUAUUAUGAUUAUACAAUUUAAUAAAAUCCUGAAAAUUAUUUCGCAUUUGUAAAUAAAGGUAAAAUGGAUUAACAAUUAAUAUAGCAUAUACAUUAGUAGGAUUAAAUAGAUUUAAAGAAGCUUUAUAAUAUUAUGAUUAUGCAAUAAAAAUGAAUCCUGAAGCUUUUGAAGCAUUUGUCAAUAAAGGUAAAAUUGAUUUAAUAAUACUCAAAGCUAAUACAUUAUAUGGUCUAAACAGAUUUGAAGAAGCUUUAUAAUAUUAUGAUUAUGCAAUAUCUAAAAAUCCAAAAGCUUAUUUAGGAUUUGUCAAUAAAGGUAAAAUGGCUAAGGAAUUAAUAUAGCAUCUACAUUAGUAAGAUUAUAUAGAUUUGAAGAAGCAUUAUAUUAUUAUGAUUAUGCAAUUUAAAUAAAUCCUGAAAAUUAUUUGGCAUUUGUAAAUAAAGGUAGAAGUGAUUGUAUUAUAAAUAUAGCCGAUACAUUAUAAAGUUUAAAUAGAUUUGAAGAAGCUUUAUAAUAUUACGAUUAUGCAAUUGAAAAAAAUCCUGAAAAUUAUGUAGCAUUUGCCAAUAAAGGUAAAAUGGAUUAACAAUUAAUAUAGCAUCUAUAUUAGAAAGUUUAAACAGAUUUUAAGAAGCUUUAUAAUAUUACGAUUAUGCAAUUGAAAAAAAUCCUGAAAAUUAUGUAGCAUUUGCCAAUAAAGGUAAAAUGGAUUAACAAUUAAUAUAGCAUCUAUAUUAGAAAGUUUAAACAGAUUUGAAGAAGCUUUAUAAUUAUGUGAUUAUGCUAUUUAAAAAGAUCCUGAAGGUUAUUUAGCAUUCUUCAAUAAGGGUAAAAGCGAUAGUAUUUAAAAAAGCUAGGGUACUAGAAAGCUUAAGCAGAUUUGAAGAAGCUUUAUAAUAUUAUGAUUAUGCAAUUUAAAAAAAUCCCGAAGCUGCUGAUAUAUAUAAUAAUAAAGGUAAAAUUUAUUAAUAAUAAAUAUAGCAUAUAUAUUAGUAAGUUUAAAGAGAUUUGAAGAAGCUUUAUAAUGUUAUGAUUAUGCAAUUUAAAAAAAUCCUGAAGUUUCUAGGGCGUUUGUCAAUAAAGGUAAUAUUAUAUUAUAAAUAAAGCUAGGACACUAUAAAAUUUAAACAGAUUUGAGGAAGCUUUAUAAUAUUUAGAUUGUGCAAUUUAAAACAAUCAUGAACAUUAUUUAGCAUUUGUCAUUAAAGGUAAUGGGAUAUUAAUAAUUAUUAGCAUCUACUUUAUAAAGUUUGAAUAGAUUCGAAGAAGCUUUAUAAAUAUGUGAUUAUGCAAUUUAAAUAAAUCCUGAAAAUUGUUUAGCAUUUGUAAAUAAAGGUAAAGUGUUUGAAUUAUAACAUAGCAAAUACAUUAAAAAGUUUAAAUAGAUUUGAAGAAGCUUUAUAAUAUUAUGAUUACGCAAUUUUAAAAAAUCCUGAGGAUUAUUUAGUAUUUGUCAAUAAAGGUAAUUGGAUAUUAAUAAUUAUUAUAGCAUCUACUUUAUAAAGUUUGAACAGAUUCGAAGAAGCUUUAUAAAUAUGCGAUUAUGCAAUUUAAAAAAAUCCUGAAAAUUGUUUAGCAUUUGUAAAUAAAGGUAAAGUGUUUGAAUUAUAAACAUAGCAAAUACAUUAAAAAGUUUAAAUAGAUUUGAAGAAGCUUUAUAAUAUUAUGAUUCUGCAAUUUAAAUAAAUCCUGAAAAUUGUUUAGCAUUUGUAAAUAAAGGUAAAGUGUUUGAAUUAUAAACAUAGCAAAUACAUUAAAAAGUUUAAAUAGAUUUGAAGAAGCUUUAUAAUAUUAUGAUUACGCAAUUUUAAAAAAUCCUGAGGAUUAUUUAGUAUUUGUCAAUAAAGGUAAUUGGAUAUUAAUAAUUAUUAUAGCAUCUACUUUAUAAAGGUUGAACAGAUUCGAAGAAGCUUUAUAAAUAUGUGAUUAUGCAAUUUAAAAAAAUCCUGAAGGCUAUUUAGGAUUCAUCAAUAAGGGUAAAAGCGAUAGUAUUUAAAAAAAGCUAGGACACUAGAAAGUUUAAACAGAUUUGAAGAAGUUUUAUAAUAUUAUGAUUCUGCAAUUUAAAUAAAUCCUGAAAAUUGUUUAGCAUUUGUAAAUAAAGGUAAAGUGUUUGAAUUAUAAACAUAGCAAACACAUUAAAAAGUUUAAAUAGAUUUGAAGAAGCUUUAUAAUAUUAUGAUUCUGCAAUUUAAAUAAAUCCUGAAAAUUCAGACUUGUACAAUAAUAAAGGUAAAAACAAUAGUAUUUAAAAAAAGCUAGGACACUAGAAAGUUUAAACAGAUUUGAAGAAGCUUUAUAAUAUUAUGACUAUGCAAUUUUAAAAAAUCAUGAAAGCUAUAAAGCAUUCGUCAAUAAAGGUACAAGCGAUAAUAUUAUAAAACAGCAAGAACGUUAGAAAGUUUAAAUAGAUUCGAUGAAGCUUUAUAAUAUUAUGAUUCUGCAAUAUAAAUAAAUCCUGAAAAUUGUUUAGCAUUUGUAAAUAAAGGUAAAGUGUUUGAAUUAUAAACAUAGCAAAUACAUUAAAAAGUUUAAAUAGAUUUGAAGAAGCUUUAUAAUAUUAUGAUUCUGCAAUUUAAAUAAAUCCUGAAAAUUAUUUAGCAUUUGCAAAUAAAGGUAAAAGCAAUAGUAUUUAAAAAAAGCUAGGACACUAGAAAGUUUAAACAGAUUUGAAGAAGCUUUAUAAUAUUAUGACUAUGCAAUUUUAAAAAAUCAUGAUAGCUAUAAAGCAUUCGUCAAUAAAGGUACAAGCGAUAAUAUUAUAAAACAGCAAGAACGUUAGAAAGUUUAAAUAGAUUCGAUGAAGCUUUAUAAUAUUAUGAUUCUGCAAUAUAAAUAAAUCCUGAAAAUUGUUUAGCAUUUGUAAAUAAAGGUAAAGUGUUUGAAUUAUAAACAUAGCAAAUACAUUAAAAAGUUUAAAUAGAUUUGAAGAAGCUUUAUAAUAUUAUGAUUACGCAAUUUUAAAAAAUCCUGAGGAUUAUUUAGUAUUUGUCAAUAAAGGUAAUUGGAUAUUAAUAAUUAUUAUAGCAUCUACUUUAUAAAGGUUGAACAGAUUCGAAGAAGCUUUAUAAAUAUGUGAUUAUGCAAUUUAAAUAAAUCCUGAAAAUUUUUUAGCAUUUAUAAAUAAAGGUAAAGUGUUUGAAUUAUAAACAUAGCAAAUACAUUAAAAAGUUUAAAUAGAUUUGAAGAAGCUUUAUAAUAUUAUGAUUCUGCAAUUUAAAUAAAUCCUGAAAAUGAUUUAGCAUUUGCAAAUAAAGGUAAAGUGUUUGAAUUAUAAACAUAGCAAACACAUUAUAAAGUUUAAAUAGAUUUGAAGAAGCUUUAUAAUAUUAUGAUUAUGCAAUUUAAAAAAAUCCUGAAGAUUCAAUUAUGUACAAUAAUAAAGGUAACAAAAAUAAAAUAUUAAAUUUAGCUAACACAUUAGAUAAAUUAAAUAGAUUUGAAGAAGCUUUAUAAUAUUAUGAUUAAUCAAUUUAAAAAAAUCCUGAAAAUUCAGACUUGUACAAUAAUAAAGGUAAAAACAAAUCAAAUAUUAAUUUUAGCUAACACAUUAGCUAGAUUAAAUAGAUUUGAAGAAGCCUUAUAAUAUUAUGAUUAUGCAAUUUAAAAAAAUCCUCAAGUUUCAUUCUUGUAUAAUGGAAAAGGUAAAAAAAAAUAAAAUAUAAAAUAUAGCUGAUAUAUUAGAUAAAUUAAAUAGAUUUGAAGAAGCUUUAUAAUAUUAUGAUUAUGCAAUUUAAAAAAAUCCUGAAGAUUCAAUUGCAUAUAAUAAUAAAGGUAAAAACAAAUAAAAUAUUAAUUUUAGCUAACACAUUAGCUAGAUUAAAUAGAUUUGAAGAAGCCUUAUAAUAUUAUGAUUAUGCAAUUUAAAAAAAUCCUGAAGAUUCAAAGGCAUAUAAGAAUAAAGGUAAAAACAUAUAAAAUUUUAAAUUUAGCUGAUACAUUAGAUAAAAUAAAUAGAUUUGAAGAAGCUUUAUAAUAUUAUGAUUAUGCAAUUUAAAAAAAUCCUGAAGAUUCAAUUGCAUAUAAUAAUAAAGGUAAAAACAAAUAAAAUAUUAAUUUUAGCUAACACAUUAGCUAGAUUAAAUAGAUUUGAAGAAGCCUUAUAAUAUUAUGAUUAUGCAAUUUAAAAAAAUCCUGAAGAUUCAAUUGCAUAUAAUAAUAAAGGUAAAAACAAAUAAAAUAUUAAUUUUAGCUAACACAUUAGCUAGAUUAAAUAGAUUUGAAGAAGCCUUAUAAUAUUAUGAUUAUGCAAUUUAAAAAAAUUCUGAAGAUUUUAAUGCAUAUAUGAAUAAAGGUAAAAACAUAUAAAAUUUUAAAUUUAGCUGAUACAUUAGAUAAAUUAAAUAGAUUUGAAGAAGCUUUAUAAUAUUAUGAUUAUGCAAUUUAAAAAAAUCCUGAAGAUUCAAUUGCAUAUAAUAAUAAAGGUAAAAACAAAUAAAAUAUUAAUUUUAGCUAACACAUUAGGUAAAUUAAAUAGAUUUGAAGAAGCUUUAUAAUUUUAUGAUUAUGCAAAUUUUCUUUAAAUGUCUCAUUAUAUAUCACUUUAAAUAGAAUGA